GUUGGUAACAUUUGUGAUAUGUCAAUCAAAACUACUAUCUCAGAUGGUGUCAACAUUAGGGGAUUUUAAUGUGAAUUCGCGAAUUACUAUCCUUAAAUAAACAUUACUAUUUAAAAGGAAAUGUAAUAAACAAAUAAGACAUAAAACAUGGAGGAAAACAAAGUCGAAACGAAUGCGCAAAGCGAACGUAAAUUUUCACGACGAAAAGCGUUUAAGUUUUGUUCUAUCGCUAUUAUAGCGAUAACACUAGGCUUCAUACACUAUCGCUACGUGUCGACUCUAUUCGAGAAUGACCGGAGUUUCUCCUAUCUAUCGGAGAUGGAGAGAGAGAUGUCAUUGAGAACAGAGAUGGGGUUCUACUACUCCUAUUACAAGACUAUUGUGGAAGAAAAGCCGUUUAUAGCCGGGAUAUCGAAGCUCAUGUAUGAUAGAUUGGUGGAGUAUCCUAAGGAUGUGAACGCUUUCAAUCGGUUUAAUAUUUACCCGGAGGUAAUAAUAGGAGCCCUAUACCGUUACUUCGAGCCCUACCUGAACACGUCCUCGCAUCGCCAGUGCCACAUGGUGGACCGGGGCGAAGCCCUGCCCCCAGUGGAGAGCUGCGUGGGGAUUGGCCAGCCGAUAUUCUUUUAUUUGGAGGCUGUAUGGUGGCUCGCUGGGUUGACUGUCGCAGCGCUGUUCUUACAUGCCGCUGCUUUGAGUGAAAGCAUCCUGGGCGGUCUACUAGCAGUGGCGCAGUACUUCGCAAACCACUCAGAGUGCACCAGAGUGCAGUGGGCACCGAACGAGAGGGAGAACUUCGCUGCACCACUCCUGCUGCUGCAGACCUGGUUGGUUUCCAUGCAGCUUAGGGAUAAACAGAGGAGGACCACUUUUCAGUUGCAAGUGUCAAUCUUCAUAUUAAACUGUCUCUGCCUCCUAUUCUGGCAAUUUUCCCAAUUUAUUUUCUUAACGCAAACCGCCAUAUUUUUCGUCAUGGAACAAUUUCGUAUUAUUGACGUUAAAGCGCUAUGUAUAUUCCUACAUUCGCACUUUUGUGGCCUACAUAUGGCCGUCCUUCUCUUACAAGGCAAUGAUAUGCUAAAAUCGUCCUUAUACGCUUCGUACUUCGUCAUAGUAUCUGCGUACUGUUUGUUCUUCAGCUCUCUAAGGCUUAAGGUUCAGAAUCGCGUGGAUUUGUUCGUGGAAAUAUGGUUGAUUUUCCUAAGGAUUGCUAUUGUGACGCUAGCAGCGUUUUAUUUGAAGAAAGUUUUGAGUAAUUUUUUGAAUGUGGAGGAAGAUUCUCAUGUAUGGGACAUUUUAUACUCGAAAUUUACGAAUUUUAAAAGUUUUCAUACUUUAAUUUAUACAUGUACAGCUGUUUUUGAUUUUCUACCUUGGAGUUCGAUUCAGAAAAUGUUUAAAUCAUUUCUGAUUCCAUUCGCCAUUUUAAGCGUAGCAAACAUGUGCAAUUAUUGGGUGUCAAACGCCGUCGAUUCGUGCGAGAAAGAGAUAGACGAUCGAAGCUCAAAGAAAGACAAGGACGGCGAUAUAUCCGACGAAUCCGACUCUGGUAUUGAGAACUCUGAUUUGAAAAAAGACAAGAAUGUAACGGAUUUGGACGUUAUUGAUAAGGAAAUAAAGUCGAAAAUUGAAGGGGAGGAAACUAGUGAUGUUCUUAUUCUGGUUCUGAGGCAUAUUAAGGCUGAACCGGCGAUAUUCUAUAAUAUAUCGCAGAUGUUUGUCUAUGGUGUCAUGGCGGCGCUAGUGAUGCGACUCAAAUUGUUGUUUACAACACAUUUGUGUAUCGUAGCCGGUAUCAUGAUGAAUUCUAAGUAUUAUCCCAUCCCGAAGUCGUACAAGAAGUACCUGCCAUUCUUCUGGGCCGUGUGCAUGGCUCCGCUGGUGCAGGACAUGCUGCAGAGCAUACCGCAGGAGAUGUCGCAUAUAGGUGAAUUCAGCGACAUAAACCAAGAACAGUUGCUCGAGUGGAUCCGCGCGGACACGCCGGUGACCGCGGCGUUCGCGGGUUCGAUGCCCAUCCUAGCCACCAUCAUGCUGGUCACGAGGCGGCCGAUAGUCGCUCAUCCACAUUACGAGCAUUUGGAUGCCAGAGAGCGCGCGUACACGGUGCACAAGAUGUACGGCAGGUUCCCGCCGCACGACUACUACCAGGAGCUGAGCAAGCUGAGGGUGAGCUACCUCGUCGUCGAGACCAAGUACUGCUACGGCAGGAGCAGUAUAGGAUGUUCAUUCGAAGACAUAUGGGACAUAGAGACGCCCUGGUUGAGCAAACGUCCCACCAUCUGCUCAACCUUGCUCACCCAACCAGUCGACCACUUCUAUCCCGUGUUCAGGAACGAACAUUAUGCUGUGUUUAAUAUACACGAUUAUAGCGUUCGGUACAUGCCCCGUAGCUUCGAGUCUUGACAUCCGGCCUCUCACUCUAACUCAAAUAAGACUGACACUCUUAGUUUAUUAGCUGUAAGGUGAAAUAAUUUUAUAGGCAGAGGGCGCUAGCGUAGUUUUUAAGGCACCUUCAAUAUAGCCCGGGAUAGUCCACUACUGGACUAUGAGCCUUCUCUACCGUAUGACUGGUGAGAUACGUUCAAUACUUAUGGAGAGUACUCGGUACUCGUAAUUUUUUAUCGAUUUUUUUUUUUAUGAGACAUGCCGGUAAUCUAGCAGACAUAUUAUUACCUGAUGGUAAGCAAUCGCCGCCGCCCAUGGACACUUGAAACACCAGAGGCAUACAAGUGCGUUAC